AAAUGGACCAAUUUUGACAAGAUGUAGUGCUGUAGCGUGCCUGAUGGGAUAUGUUCAGUCAUGGCAUCUGAACUCUGUAAGACGAUCUCUGUGGCAAGGCUGGAAAAGCACAAGAAUUUGUUCUUAAAUUAUAGGAAUCUGCACCAUUUUCCAUUGGAGUUACUGAAAGAUGAGGGACUACAGUACUUGGAGAGGCUCUAUAUGAAAAGGAACUCCCUUACAACCUUGCCAGAAAACCUUGCUCAGAAGCUUCCAAACCUUGUGGAACUGUACCUUCACUCAAAUAACAUAGUUGUGGUUCCAGAAGCCAUUGGAUCCCUCGUAAAACUCCAGUGUUUGGAUCUUAGUGACAAUGCCUUAGAAAUUGUUUGCCCAGAAAUUGGUCGUCUGAGAGCUUUACGUCAUCUUCGAUUAGCUAAUAACCAACUGCAAUUCCUACCUCCAGAGGUUGGCGAUUUGAAGGAGCUGCAGACACUAGACAUUUCUACCAAUCGUUUGCUAAAUUUACCCGAGAGGCUUCACCUGUGCCUUUCUCUGCAGUACCUCACCGCGGACCGCAAUCGACUACGGUGCGUGCCGCGUCAUCUCUGCCAGCUGCCCAGCCUCAACGAGCUCUCCAUGGCUGGAAACCGUCUUGCAUUUUUGCCACUUGAUCUAGGUCGAUCUCGAGAACUACAGUACGUGUACGUGGAUAACAACAUUCACCUGAAAGGCUUACCAUCCUAUCUGUACAAUAAAGUCAUCGGGUGCAGUGGCUGUGGUGCUCCCAUUCAAGUUUCCGAGGUGAAGCUGCUUUCUUUCUCAUCCGGGCAGCUCACUGUGUUCCUCCCUGCCGAGGUGAAGGCCAUAGGGACAGAGAACGAUCACGUCCUGCCUCUGCAAGAGUUGGCCAUGAGGAGUCUCCAUCACACCUACCACAGUUUUCUUAAAGAUUUGAACUUUCUGUCUCCAAUCUCAUUACCCAGAAGUCUCCUGGAGCUGCUGCACUGCCCCCUGGGACACUGUCACCGGUGUAGUGAGCCCAUGUUUACGAUUGUCUACCCCAAGCUCUUUCCCUUGAGAGAGACGCCGAUGGCAGGGCUGCACCAGGGGAGGACAACAGUGAGCUUCGUGGCUUACUGCUGCUCCACCCAGUGUCUGCAGACUUUUGACCUACUGAGCUGAUAAACACCAAGAGCCCCAGGAACCCCGCCAGCCUGACACCGCGGCCGCCUGCAGAGCGCACCCUGUUUGCGUCCAGCCCGGCGGAACAGGCCCUCACAUCCUGUCCUGUGCCAUGCUGCGGGGGGGUGGGGGGAGCUGCGGAACUCUCUGGAAAUGUCGUGAUGGAGCUUCUGAGCUGAAAUGCCUUCACCCUACCCCCCCCACCCCACGUUGGAAUAUAUCCUCCCCCAAAUUAA